AUGAAGCAACACGUCGACGACUUUUCGAGAUUUUACAAUGGCGUUUCUUCGCUAACAGGUUUGAACGCCGGUGUGGUCCGUGUCAGCUUCAAGUAUAAGCAUAGAGAAGGCUCCGCGCGCUUCAAAGUCACCAGCGUAGAGAAAAACGUGGUGCGGUGUACUAAUAAAAUGGCGGAAGCUCGUGCGCUCGUUGAGCUCGGCUCAAGUCUGCUACUCGUCAUAGCGCGAUGA